AUGGAGCGCGGCGCGGCGGGGCCGCUGCCCCUGGGCCGCCUGUCCGAGCCCCUCGACCGGCUGUCCGAGCCCCUGGGCCGCCUGUCCGAGCCCCUGGGCCGCCUGUCCGAGCCGCUGGGCCGCCUGUCCGAGCCGCUGCUCCGCAGGCUCAGCGAGCUGCUGGACCGAGCGGAGCCCGGCAAGGGCUGGAGGGACCUGGCGCAGCGAGCGGGGAGCCGGGGCACGCUCCGGCUCAGCCCUCUGGAUGUGGAACAGUGUUCCCUGCAAGUGCUGGAGCCCGAGGGCAGUCCCAGCUGGAGUCUCCUGAAGCUGCUGGCGGAGCGUGGGUGCACCGUGCCGGAGCUGGUGGAGUCCCUGCAGGCCCUGCAGCACACCGAGGCUCUCCGGUGCCUGGGCCAGGCAGGUGUGAGGAUUGUCGUGCAGCCGGACUCACAAGCGGUGCUCUCCGGCCAGGUGGUCAAGCUGUGCUGUUGGGCAGCAGGACACCCCUUCGUGCGCUACCAGUGGUUCAAGCAGGAAAAGGAGGUUCCCCAGGGUAAUUCCCCGGAGCUGGUUUUGAAUCCAGCCAGUGUGAGGGACUCUGGCUUUUACAUCUGCCGAGUGAACAGCGACUUUUCUUUCGUCUUCAGCCGGUGGGCGCGCCUCGAGGUGUGGGAGCUGCAGGGCACCCCUCCCGGGAGCUGGGCGGGGUUGGCUGGGAACAAACUGGCCAUCUGCGUUCAGCCUCGGCCGCAAAACCUGCCGGCGGGGCAGGCUUUGGUGUUGGAAUGUGGAGCUGUUGGGAAGCCCAUCCCUCGCUACCGGUGGUUCAGGGACGGAUUGCCCUUGGCAAACGGGAGCGGGAGUGUCUACAGGGUGACUGCCGUGGGUGUGGAGCACCAAGGGACCUACUGGUGUCACGUGUUCAAUGAGCGCGAGGAGGAAGACAGCCAGAGGGUGGAAGUGAUUGUAGGAAGGAACGCUGUGGCAGUGGAGUGCACAGAAGAGCCACAAGAACUGUCCAGUCCCAGACCUGUCGCCACAGACAAGGUGGCUCUGCUGAUAGGGAACAUGAGCUACUGGCAUCACCCCCAGCUCCAGGCCCCCAUGGUGGAUGUUUAUGAACUCACCAGUUUGCUGCGGCAGAUGGAUUUCAAAGUGGUGUCUCUGCUGGAUCUCACCGAGGCCGAGAUGAGGAACGCGGUGGAGGAGUUUUUGCUGCUCCUGGACAAAGGGGUUUAUGUGGCUGUCAGUGGCUUCGAGCCAGUGAGAGGCGCUGUCAGUGCCCAAAUAG